AUGGGUCAAUUUAUUCUACAGUUGCGUCUGGUCUUGUGGAAGAAUUAUACUCAGAAGAAACGAAGCCCGGUUUCCUUGGCAAUAGAGUUUCUAUUCCCCCUGAUCGCAUUCAUUAUAUUUGUUGGUCUGCAUCGGAAAUAUCCAGCGAAAUACAUCCCUGAAGCUCAUUAUACAGCACGGCCGCUGCCAUCUGCUGGUAUUAUUCCUUUGCUGCAAGUAUUUUGUCCAUCUGCAACCAGAGAUCCAUAUGGUUUUCCAGUUUACUCACAGUCAAGAGUACCAGAGUUUUUGAGUGUCCUUGACACAGUUGUUCAUAAGUAUUCAAGUCAGAAUAUGACUGAAUAUGAACUUGAAAAUCUGUUCAUCACGACCACACAGCUACUCAGUGAUGUCAACAUGAACAGUGUAAAGCGAAUACACAAUGAUAUUGAGAAAAAUGGGAGGUCUCCAGAUAUCUUUUUAGAAAAUAUGGGAACAUUUAUAAACAUACUGUCAAGCUCAGAAAAAAUUACCAACAAUUUGCAACAGCUCAUCGAAAUCACCCAACAGUUGCAGCCACUUAUUACUUACAUUGACAGUCUGGACUUGGCAGUGGAAAUUGAUUCAAACCUCACUUCAGAAAUUAUGACAAAUGGCCUUGGAUUUUUUUAUCAACGUAUGUCAUUGAAAGCAGAAACACAGCACCCAAAGGAGUUAAUGCAACUACUUGAAAUCUGGUUGCGUUUACGACCUAUUCUAUGUGGCGUUAAUAGUACAAUUAACAUGGAUGCCCUGCGUGAAGGUGACUGGGUUGGAAGUAGAAUUGGUUCACGAUCGCUUGAAUAUAUGGCCAAAAUGGCUGAUAUGUAUAUACUUGGCAAUCCCAAAAUAGUCUUUGCACCAAAUACUACGGAUGUCUAUGAUGUCAUAAACAAGACUCAAACAUAUCUGCAAUCACAUCCAGAAUUACUAGAGGUUUUUAUGUCAUCUCUUACUGAUCAUAUGAAAACAUUGAUAUUAAACACAACGUUGCCGAAUAUCAACAUUAUUGAACAUCAGCUGUCCAUCUUACAUGAUGUAUUAACAUUGUGGAACUCAUCUGUACCGUCUAAUAUAAGCAUUUUUCAACCAUUUCCGGAUGAAUCUGCAGCUCUGAAUUAUGCACUAAACACGUCUCUUCAUCAGAAUUCAGUUUUUGCUGUUCUGCUUUUCAAAGUUGAUGAGAAUGGAUCAUUGCCGAACAGCACUAUGUACACUAUACGUCAAGUAGAUGGUACAGUCACGGACAAUGCCCAUGGAAAUAGAAUUUGGGGACUCUCCAAGAGAUUGUUCCCCAUCUCGUACUAUGAAGGUGGUUUUAUGUGGUUACAAGACAUGAUUGAUCACGCUAUUAUGGAAAAGCGGGUUGGUCACAGCGUUACAGAACCAGGAAACUAUGUCCAGGAAUUCCCGUACAUUGAAUAUCUCUAUGACAAGUUUUUCCUGACAACAUUUUUUUCUAAAUCUAAGCUGGCAGCGGCGUUCUGUGGUAUAAUUUACUUUCUUGGCAUGAUGCCAAUGAUGGCUGUAAAUAACUUUGAAAGCCAGAACUAUGACGUAAUCGGUGUGAGAGAAAAGUUCUUAGCAUGUUUAUUCCCAUCUUCAGCGAUAGGAUGUGGUUUAUCGUACAUUGGUACAUUAGAUGAUCAGAUGGUCGGUCUCCAGUGGAGUAAUAUGAAUAUACCAUUGACAGAUCAUGAUCUGAGCGUUACACAAGUCACAUUAACAAUGUUAUUAUCUUGUGUUAUCUUUCUAUUGUUGAUAUGGUACAUUGAAUUAGUCUAUCCAGGGGAUUAUGGUAUUGCUUUGCCGUGGUAUUUUCCUAUCACCAAAUCAUAUUGGUGUAACCAUGGAAAUGAAUCUAAGAAUGGCUGCUGCAUCAACACUAGAAAUACAGGAUAUACUUCACUGAUGGAAGAGGACCAGCAAAAUGUUUUAAGCAACAUGGAGAGAUCCAGUAGAUGCAAAUAUGAAGAGGAAUGUACUUCCAAUAUGGAUGUUGGUGUUAAAAUAAAAAACUUAGAAAAGAACCAAAUAACUGUGUUGUUGGGACAUAAUGGAGCCGGAAAAACUACCACCAUGUCCAUAUUGACUGGUUUUAUUGAACCCACGUCUGGUACAGCUUUUAUAAAUGGCCAUGAUAUCAGAACAGAUAUGGUCGCAAUAAGAAAAGACAUCGGAAUAUGUCCACAGUAUAAUGCUCUCUUUGAUAAAUUAACUGUGCAGGAACACCUAUGGUUUUAUGCUCAGUUGAAAGGUUCUGGUGUGAAUGACAUUGAAAGGGUCCCUGGGGGGAUAAGUGGCGACCUUGAACCUCGGGUUGAUUUCACCAUUGUAUCAACUACCAGUAGUACGUCAGUUGUGUCACCAACAGACGUGACAUUUUUCAUACAAAAGUACCUGCCAUCAGCAAGAUACCAUUCUGAAAGUAAAAACGAAUUGUUGUACACUAUACCAAAGUUAGGCACUGAGAAAGCAGCUUUUAUACGUCUGUUUGAGGCACUGACCAAUCACAAGCAUGUGUUAGGAAUCGUCUCGUAUGGCGUGUCUGAAACUACAAUGGAGGAAGUCUUUCUAAAAGUUAACAAUGAUGAAAUAGAUGACAAUGAUGAUGACCUUGUGAUUGAGGAUACACCAUUACAUAGAGAAAAUAUCGAAGAUCAAAGAAUUGAUGAAAUAUUUACUGGUAUAGAGAACAUUGAAAAAAUAAAUGGCUUAUCAUUGGUGGCCAGUCACGUUAUUGCUGUAAUAUGCAAGCGCUUUCAUCACAGUAGAAGAGAUACCAAAACGUUUGUAUCACAGAUAUUCAUGCCAUGUUUUUUCCUCGUUAUGGCAAUGACAGUCACAAUGAACUCACCGUUAUAUCACGAAUUCCCUCCAUUGGUUUUAUCAUCAGCCAUGUUCAAACCGGAUGAGUUAUACAUUCCCGUCACCAAUGAGCUACAAUAUAACUCAUCCGAUACUCCGGAUGCUGAUCCAGGUGCACUCUUGGAUACAAUGUUUUAUCCAGCCGGGCUUGGAGGAACGUGUUUACUGUUGUCACCGCUUAAUGACACUGUAGAUGAUCUAUUGACGCAAAACACCAGUUUGGAUUUAUCCAGUGAAUAUUUUAAUGAUGUAUGUCGUCAGACAUUACCAUUAUCAUUUACCGUACCAUACCCGUAUUGGAAACAAAAGACAUUCUUACAAGCGAACACUGACUCUCACCAGUGUGUGUCAUCUGAUCCUGACUGUCCCACUCCUCGUUCAUUUCAAGUAAUUACCAGGGAGAAUGUACAAAACAUAACUGGUAGAAAUUUAUCAUCUUAUUAUUUAGAAACUUUCCUAAAAUAUAAAACAGGCAGAUAUGGUGCCUUAUCUUAUGGUAAUAUUAGAUCUGAUGUGCCCUGUAAUCUGAAUACAUCUGUAGUUAAAGGUUUAGCUGUGAGAAAUAUAGCGAAUGCACAUGUUGAUUUAAAAAAGAUUCAUGGCAUUGCAGUGUACCUCAACGUUUUAAACAAUGCCAAACUACGCGCCAAUCUGAAUCCUGAUAUCCAUGGCAACCCAUCGCAGUAUGGCAUCACCGUAAUUAAUCAUCCAUUAAACAAAACUGAACUCAGAAGAAAAAUAAUGUUUAUGGAUAGGUCCCCUCAUGAAAGGGUCGCCACUUUGAUACUAAUUGGAAUGUCCUUCAUCCCUGCAAGCGUGGUCGUCUUUUUAGUUGCCGAGAGGUCCAGUAAAUCCAAACAUUUACAAUUUAUUAGUGGAAUGAGUCCGGCAUGUUAUUGGAUUUCAAAUUAUGUCUGGGAUAUGAUAUCCUACUUAGUGCCUUGUGGUUGUAGCAUUAUUAUUUUGAUUUCAUUUGCUGUACCAACGUAUUCAUCUCCUACAAAUUUACCAGCAAUGUUUGUUUUAUUUUUAUUUUACGGCUGGUCUUCGAUUGCUGUGAUAUAUCUGUUAUCAUAUUUAUUCAGCACGCCGAGUAGAGCUUAUGCAGUUAUUCUGGUGGUCAAUCUGUUUAUUGGUACCACUACAACUUAUUCAUUCUUAGUUGUACAGAAAUUAAAUACUUACAGUGAGUUAUCCGACAGUAGCUCAGGAGAGUUGAUUAUUAAGAAUGUUUUGUUGAUAUUUCCUUGUUUUGGUCUUGGGCGUGGACUCAUGGACAUUGCUUACAAUGAUUAUUUCAACCGAUUUUAUGAAAACACAGCAACUGGAAAUUUGGAGGAAGAUGUAGAAAGAGAAGAAAGUAGAAUUUUGAGAGGAGACUCGGAUGAUGUCCUUAAACUAGAGAACCUAACUAAGGUUUAUAAAAAGGGAUCGUCAAACUUGGUUGCUGUUGAUAGAUUGUCUUUUGGAGUUCCCCAAGGACAGUGUUUUGGAUUACUUGGUAUGAAUGGUGCUGGUAAAACAACUACGUUUGGACUUUUGACUGGUGAUCUACCAAUCACAUCGGGUGAUGCUUAUCUUCAUGGAUACAGGUAA